GACGGGCGGCGCGCCCCAUGCUCGCCUCCGGCGUGCCCGCUGCGCUGCCGGCCUUGUGCGUGGCGCUGAUAGCUGCUCGGGGCUUGCGAGCGAGCCCUCUUCGGCCCGGACCCGUGCCACCGAGCGAGGCUCCGGUGUGGCUCGACGGGGUCGCCGACGCCUGCGUCGAGGCCUCGUCGGCGGCUCCGACCCCCACGGGGGAAGAGUGGUGCGCUGAUCUCCCUUGCGGCGCUCGCGCCCGGGUGAGCUGCAACGGCGACGUCAAUGACCUCGAGUGCGUCGUGUUUUGGCCCUUGCGGCGAGUGGAGGAUGUCGAGCUGGUGGGUCCGCACUUCUACUGGGUUCUCUCGCCCGACGGCUACCUGGGGGAGAAGCUGCUCUCGGGGGCCUCACUAGCCGACGGCCCUUGGGGCGACGAGCGCAUCGUCGACGGGGGCGCCCCGCCUGCUGAUGGCCGGAAGCUGUACAGCUUCGGCGAGCGGCCGACUCUCGCCCGGCUCGUGGAGCUGGCCGACGGGUGCCAACUGGCGAUGGAGGCCCGCGGGCAGGCGGCCGCCGGGGGGCCCACCCACGUGGAGCUCGCCUCUGGCAGGCUGCUGGUUGGCGGAGAGUUGUUCCCGUGGGCCGCGCCGCCGCGGCCGUCGCACCGGCUCCGCGGGAAGCAGGCGCCGCCGGUGCCCGACGGCGGAGUGGGUGGCGCUCUGGUAGACGCGGCCGCGGGCUCACCCUCGCCUCCUCCCGAGGGGCAUGUCUGGGCGCAAGCCGAGCCAGUGGUCGACCUGGGCAUCGGCACGAUCGCGGAUCCGUCGAGCGAGACACUCAUUGACGCAGGAAUGGGUGCCAUCCGGCUUGGUCGCGGACGGGCGCUUCGUCUGGAGCUGAUGCCGCGGGACGACGUGGCAAGCUGGGCGUCACGCCGUGUGGCCGCGCUGAGCCGUCUCCUGGAGGUGGCAGCUCCCGUGGCGACGCUCGGCUUCUCUCCCCCAGGCGGUGCCCUGGAUGGCGUCGCUGCCAGCGGCGCUGAGGGCGCUCCCGCCCGGGAUGGCGCUCCGUCGACCGUUGCUUUGGCUGACGCCGCUCGUGACGACACUCGCGCGCUCUGGGUCGAGCGGGACGAUCAGGGGGAACGGUGCAAGGAGUUCAGAAGGGCCGCGAACGUGCCGGUGGGCUAUGACUGGGGCCACCGGCGUCUGGAGGGCGGCCUGACGUGCCUGCGCACCUGCAAGAUGAUCUACCAUACGGCAGACACCCCUCGGGGGUGGCUCGAGAAGUUCUCGCGUGGCAAGCACGUCACGCCCACCGACCGUGUCGCCCAUGAGCCCUGGCCGCCGGUGGAAGCGCUCGAGGAGGCCGGAUCCUUCGACCAGGCUGACCUGGGGGGGCUCGCCUGCCUUGAGGUGGCCGAGCGCCGGCUCCACGCGAUCGUGGACGCCUACAAGCGCGCUGGUGCCCCCCCGCUCGCCAACGCCAAGUACUUGGUUCCGCUGGGCGAGGCAGACGAGUUGACGGCGCCGUCGCUGAGGAGCCACGUGGCUCGCCGCGCGAAGGAGGGCUGGGAGGUCGAGCAGUCCAUGGGGAAGGCCGAGGCUGCGGAUGCUCGUGUGACGGCCGGGUCGCAGCACAGGACUCACGCUCGGCAGCACGAGGUGGAAUUGGUGAAUCGCGCCCUCCGCAGCUUGAACUGGCUGGCCGGCUUCAAGGGCGCGGCCGCUUCACCGAGCCCAGGUGCAACGACCCUGGACAAGCACGCAGCCCUUCAGCAGCACUUGCUUCGUGAAGCUGAUCGGCGACAGGCCGCAGCUCCGCAGGUGAUGCCGAAGGCGGAGGCAGCCCUGAGGGAGCUGCUCCGGGGGCGGUCCGUGUACGAGACGGACUUGGCCCCUAGGAACCUCGUCUCCUACCUGCCCGGCAAGGUCUCACUGCCCGACAGCGUGCUGGACUGCCGCUUCAUUGAGGACAUCGCGAGCCCUGGGCGCCGCUCGUUCUUGGAGGAGAACCACAAGCGAAUGAGGUUGGAGCCGGAGACAGUCGACUUCGACAGCAUGCCGCGGCUGUACAUGGACCCGGUGCUGAAGAGGAACCCCAAAGCCUACCGUACCUUUCUGCGAGAUCUUGCUGGACGUGGACUUCUUGGUGUAACAGCCAGGCCCGCCGAGUCGGUGGGCCUGUUUUUCGUGGCUAAAACAGACGGAGCGCAGCGUAUGAUAAUCGAUGCGAGGCGGAGCAACGGCCACUUCAGAACGCCGCCAGGCGUGCAGCUCCUCAGCAGUGAGGGUUUCGGCCGGAUCGAGAUCGAGUUGCCGCCUGGCGUCCUGCCCUCGUCGGUUGAGGGGCAGCGACUCCUGGGUGCCUUCGCCGUCUACGUGGCCACCACCGACGUGAAGGACUGCUUCUACCGGAUGCGCGUCCGCGAGGACCUCGGCCGCUACUUCUGCCUGCCCGCCGCCCCCAAAUACGCGUUCGACGGUCUGCAGGUGGCCGGCGUCCCGGCGGACACCCCGCCAGACGCUCCCGCGCGGCCCUACCUGGCCGCGUUGCCGAUGGGGUUCACGCGGUCGUUGUACCUGGCCCAAGCCGCGAGUGAGGACAGGGUGCGCCGAAGCCCCAGCCUGUGCAAGGCGAUGCCGGCAGACAGACAGCAGCGCUUGAUUCAGGACCAGGCCGAAGCCUUCGUGCUCCACGCCGACUCGCGCGGGGUCGGGGGCGCCCACGCGCACGUGGACAACCUAGGCGCCGUGUCGGACGAUGCCGAUCUCAGCGAGAGGAUGGUGUCAGAAUGGAGCAAUCUUUUCGAGCCGGUCGGCCUGGCGCUCCACAAGUCAGAGUCCCACGGCGGCGCUGGUGAGGCCCUCGGCACCGAGCUUGACGGCGUCCGCCUUCGCUCGAGGAUCACCUCGAGCCGGUUUUGGAAGCUCGAGCGGGGUUUAACUGGCCUUCUCGCUCGGGGGCGUUGCAGCGGCCAGGCGCUUGAAAAAGUGAUCGGACAUUGCACUUUCUGCGGCCUGGCUGCCCGCGAGUCCCUUUCUAUCUUCCACACCGUCUAUAAGUUCAUUUCGGUUCAGUAUCUCGACGUGGGCCCGAUGUGGCCCGAAGUGGUCGAAGAGCCCGUGGCAGCAAAGUGGUGUUUCUCUAUCGAGCAGGGCCGCGACUGGGCCGAGACGGAGGGCGCGAAGCUGCGCUCUAUGCUGAGGCACAUGUACGACCCAGUCCGCCGCGAGGCCAGUGGCCGCACACCGCCAGCGCGGCUUGCGAAGUUGCGAAUGAUACAAGGCAGCGAAGACAAAGACAAAGGCGGCAAAGACAGAGGCAGCAGCAAAGGCAGCAUCAAAGACAAAGACGGCGGCGGCAAGGACAAAGGCAGCGAAAGCGGCAGCGACGACAAGGGCAGCAAAGACAAAGGCAGCGAAGGCAACAAAGACAAGGGCAGCAUCAAAGAAAAAGACGGCGGCAAAGACAAAGGCAGCGAAGGCAGCAAAGACAAAGGCGGCAAAGACAAAGGCAGGGAAGGCAGCAAAGACAAGGGCAGCAAAAGGCAGCGCGAGGACUCCGAUGGUGAAAUUGUGGAGCUAGUCGAGCUGACUGUCAUGGAGUGGAGGUCCCGUGGCAGCGUAGGCAGGGCGGCGUCGAGCGCCACCACGUACCAGCGCGUCACGCUCUUCGAGGGCAAUAGGGGCGAGGACGCCGUCGUCGUCGACGAACGGAAGCUGAGCGGCGCAAACAAUGGCAACAGGAUCGGGGUGGCGCUCAACAUCAACGGCCAGCAGAAGGUGUCGGUGAGCUACGCCGCCGUCGCAUCGAUCAAGCAGGAGAAGCUGCAGGACUGGUUCAUAGGGAUCGCGAAGCGCUUCGUAGCUGGCAGCAUCGGCGACGUCGACGAGCUGCGGACGGAGAGGAAAGCGCUCGUGGCCGCAGCCGCCGCAGGAGGAAAGGGCGAGAGCGCUGACAUGAAGAGAAGGCCCGCUGCGGCGAAGGAGAGCAGCGGCGCUGCCAACAAGAGGAUGCCGCUGGCGCAAGCCCGCGACGAGACUCUGGCGGAAGAGAUGCAAGCGGAAGAGGCGGCCGCGGCCGCGCGCGAGAAGAUGUCGGCUGGCGCGGCGCUGGGUUCGGCUGGGCUCGCGGCCGUGGACCUCGCCGAGUCGCCUGGCGAAGUGACGGCGGCGACCAGCUGCCGUAGCGAGAUGGCGGGAUUCGCGGCGCUCGCAGAGUACCGCGCAACGAAGAAGAAGGCCUGGGAGGCCCAGCAGAUCAGCGAUGACCAGGCGAUGGCGGAAGCAAUGAACGCUGCAGAGGAAGCUGCUGGUGCUGGCCGCGACGGCAACGAUUCCUCGGACGAGAUGCCGCUCGUGACGGCCGCCGACGCCAGUCGUCAUGGGGUCUGGCGCACUCCAUUGCCAGGCCCUGGAUCGCAAGUGGACAUGGUCGACCUCGAAGAUAGCGACGAGGAGAUGGUGCCCGUGAUGCCGCCCACGGGCGCUGGCCCUGCGGGCUCGCGGAGCCACCGCGAGCCUUCGGCGGCCGCGGGCUCGGCAGCCCCUGACUCGGCCCCCGUGGCCGUGGCAGCCCCCGCCUCGGGGCCGCUGGCGUCGCUGCCCACGACGCCGCUGCAGAUGCCGCGUGGAGCGCGCCGUGCUGCGAGUAUCACCCCGACGAAGACGGCGGUGGCGGCGCGGACGGAGGCAUUCUGCGCCUUGAAGAAGGCGGUCGCAUCGCGGCCGACUGGGUACGGCACGCCCACGAUGCCAGGUUUCAUCGCCACGCGCGCUGGCGAUGGCGACGCGGCGGGAGGCGACUCUGCGAAAGGGAAGAGGUUCUCGAAGGGGGGCGCGCAGCUCAAGGACGUCGUGGAGAAUGGCCGUGGCUUCAAGGCGCGCAGCCCCCUUGGAUGGCAGCUCAAGAACCAGAUCGACACGGGCGCCAUCUUGGCCCAGCAGUACGAGGAGGCAGAGGACAAGGAGCAGUUCAAGAUGAAUUGGGCGAGGGAGAAGUACAAGGGGUCGGCCUACCAGAGAAGGGCGCACACCCAGCGCCAGGAGGAGGAGCGGGUCAAGAACGGGAAGCUCUGCUCGUGGCUGAAGCUGCUGGAGGAGGAGGGCGGUACUAGGGGUCCCGACGACCCAGAGACGAUCGAGAACAUGCGCGUUCACUCCCUUCGAUGUGCAGAGCUUGGCUAUCCAUUCAUACAGGUGGAUCCGAUGCACGGUGGCAUCAAAGUGAUGCACUUCCAGGUGACGUGGGCGGAUCGCUUCACGAAGGCGUGGACGGACUACACCGAGCAGAACAAGUUGGCCGACGCGGCGAAAGACCUGGCCGCGGCUCGGAAGAUCUGCAAGUCGGCGAAAGACGCCGUGUCGGACACCGACCAUCUCAUGAGGACGAUGGACGAGGAUGAUGAGUGGGACUGGGCAGAAAAGCCGCGCAAAGACCUGGAGGCGCUGAAAGACCGCCUGGGCGAGGAAAACCGAAAGACCAAGCUGUCGAUCAUGAUAUUGAGCGGCUUGAAGAACGCGAAGGCGGCGGCGGAGGCCCUGGUGGACAAGCGGAGCAGGGCGCUGGCCAGCCACGAAUUUAAAGACAAGCUCGCCCACAAGACUAUGCCCGCUGCUUGGCAGUCUCAUCCUGUCGUGCGCCAGGGGGCCGCCGAGGGCGACUUCGUGCUUCCCGUUGCGCUCUUUAUCGACGCUGCGAAGUUCGGAGGGCAGGUGCUGGAUGAAAUUGACCUUGCGGUACGUGCGCGAGCUGCCAGCCUGGCGGCUACCCCGCCCGAGGUGGCAACCGAGGGCGCGGGGGCCGCCCGCGUCAAGGACGGCGCUCAAGGUCAAAGCUCGAGCUUCGUCGCGUCGGCCAGGAGGGGGCUCGUGGUGGCGCAGCAGCUCGCUGACGCCGUGGAGGCGGCGCGGGCGCGGCAGCGGCGGCUGGCGCUGGACGGCGAGGCACGGCGGCCCAGCCCAUCGCGCCGAGAGCGCAGAACAAGCUGCCGCAGCCCAUCGGCCACGCGGCUGAAGCGGCAACCGCAGCAGCCGCGCCGGGAAGACAGCCGCAGCCACGCCGAGAAAGCCACCCCACCCACAAUCGCAUCUUGCGGCUGGCGCAGCUGCUCGCCCGUGAUGGGCGCCCAGCCCAAGAGGUUGUCAAAGCCGCCGCCGCAGCCAACGCCCCAGCUGCAGAUGAGAACGGCCAUCGGUAAGGAGCUCCACUUCGCCAGACCUUCGAUGGCGGAUGACGACGGCGAAGCAAUUCUAGCAGCCCACGAUGAGACCAGGCGGGCAGAGUCAAGACGCCGCACCAAGAACUCGGCGGCGGAGAAGCUGACGGCCGAGACGGGCGCCGACGCUGGUGGCCCUGGAGCUGGCGGCGCUAAAGAUGGCGGUGCCACAGCGUGCAGGAAGCCGACUACACCACCGCGCAAAGGCAGCCGCCACAGCCACGCGCCACGCAGCCUCGCGCCGAGGGCGCAGUCGCAGGAAGAUAUGCAGCACGCCAAGUACGCGUGCCUGCACAUGAGUCAGGACUUCAAGCUUCUGGCCCAGAUUCGGCGCUUUAACGCUUACGCUCUUGCCCUUGGCAUCGCCCCAUAUUUUAGAUGGAUCCCCGCGGAGUUUAAUCAGAGCGAUGCCGGGAGCCGCGAUCACUCAGAAGUCUCAUCCAAGUUGCUAACCGAUGUCCUGGAUCAGCAGGUUAGGGCACGCUUGGAAAGCCGCCCUUGCCAGCCGCCGACGUCGCCUCCUGUGGCGCUCGAGGACCUCGCUCCCGCGGCCUCCGCUGGCGACGACGAGGCGGGCGCCGAGGAAGAAGGCGAGUCGAGCGGGUCCGACAGCGCGGUGAACCAUGCGACGGCGGUUUCGAGGAAGUCUCGCCGCCUCCAGGACCCCCGGCGCCAACGCCGAGCGGCCCUCUACACGGACAUGAUCAUACAGACCGUUGUCGGGGGGCCCACGUCGCUGGAGCGUCUGGCGGUGACCCGCCGGGCGAGGGAGCGCUACGCCAAGUAUCUCGAUCGUUUCUACUCGCAUGCCAGCCUGACCGACGACAAGCUCGUGAGGAGCACGGACGAGACCAUGGAUUGCUGGGCGUGCGACUACUCCAACGCGAUGUACCUGUCCGGGGAGCAGAGCGGCCUGGAGGACCAGACUGGAGCUGCCCUGGUGGACCGGCACCCAGCCUUCGGCCGGCGGGGCGGGAGAGCCCCGCCGCGGACGUGGCGAGCGCUGGAGGCGUGGAGACGGCUGGCGCCCUCGCGGGCCCGCCGAGCACCGCCGUUCGCCGUGUGGUCGACGGUGAUGGGGCGGCUGGCGGACAAGGGCCUCCCGUUCAUGGCUCUGUUCUUGGCGGUGGGCCUCUCCGCCUAUUCCAGGCCCUCUUCCCUGCUGGCAGCUCGGAGGUGCGACCUGGUCCCACCGUCGCGUGCAACAGUGGACAGCUGGAGCCUUCUGACGCACACCGAGGAGGAGGGAAGGCCGAGCAAAACAAAUCGCUACGACGAGGGGCGCCUCCUGGACUGGAGCUACCCCCAGGGGCUGGGUCCUCUAUUCUCCGAGCACAGAGGGAACGGAGACCGGCCAAAGCUGUGGCCUUUGACGUACCUGGAGCUUUCAGAGGCGGCGCAGCUGGCGGCGGCCGAGGACGGGGUCGGCAGGCUGACACUGCAUCAGCUUCGCCACUCAGGCGCGAGCAUCGACGCCAGCAAGCGCACGCGCACCCUAGAGGAGAUACGGAG